AUGGUAUAUUUAAGUGGAUUGGAGUGCAGCAGCACCUGUUUGCUCUCAGCUAAGCACAGGCUGAUUUCCUGUAACAUAAGACUAGAGGUGAUGGAGACGAUGCAUGAGCUCAUCCCUUUUGCAAGAGAAAUGCUUAGUCAGAAACCAAACAGAAAAAUGGUGAAGAUGUAUGUGGUUGGCUCAGUGUUGGCAUUCUUUGGCGUAGUAAUUGGGUUAAUGGAGACUGUGUGCCAGCCUUUUGCAGCCCCCGAAACUUCCGAGGAAGAAGAGGAUACCACGGACGAAAAGGCCCACAUGACCGAAGUACAAAUAGUCAAGAAGCAAGCGUUUGGAAAAGAACCUGAAAAUAAGCAAGCUGUGCGGAACUCAGCGAACAGAUUACAUGCCUCAUAA